CGGAGUUGGUGGAAGAUUUGAAGACUCUUCGAAGUCCUUUCCUUCCUGAAUGCCCACUAACCUCCUUAUAAAAAGGCCUCCUAUCCUCUCUCUCUCUAUAUCAAAAGUUGAGCUCCCAUCUGUUUAGCCCAAGAUCCUUCCUUCCAAACCCUUCCUCCCAUACCCAUCCAUAAACGACUAGAAAAAUCAUGAAGAAGCAAAUUGUGAUCAAGGUGCAGAUGAACUGCGAUAAGUGCCGGAGCAAGGCUAUGCAAUUGGCUGCAUCAGUAGAUGGCGUCGAUUCUAUUAAGGUAGAUGGGGAGGACAAGAACCAGUUGGUGGUUGUCGGAGAAGGUGUCGAUCCUGUUAUCUUGACACGCAUUUUGAGGAAGAACAUAGGCCAUUCUGACAUAGUUAAAGUGGGGGAAAUGAAGAAAGGUGAUGAAGAAAAGAAAUCGGAGGAACCAAAGAUUGAGCCUAUUGCAUGGUGCCAUUACACCCCAGCUCGGACGGUGGUAGUGCAGGAUAUGGCUUAUGGAUCCGGUGGUUGUUCCAUCAUGUAAAUUAUGGAUCACUGGGAUCAUCCAUUUGUUUUCCUAGCUUUUAUUACGAGGACUUCAUGAAAUAUUUGUGUAGAAUGCUGUGCGUGAGGAGAGUAGUUCUUUGUUUAUUAUAUGACUCAGAAUAGAGUCCGUUGGUCUUGCAAUCACUCAACUACCUAUGCAACCCUUUCAAUAAUGAUUGAAUAUUUCGAA